AUGAGUCGCUACGAUUCCAAUCCCUUCGAUGAAGAGGUCGAGGUUAAUCCCUUUGCGGAUGGACAAGCUAAAGGAAAAGGGUCAGGGCAAUCAAGUUAUGGCGGAGGUGCAUUUUAUACCACUAACUCUGGAAGUGUUCCCUCUGCAAAUUCAAAGCUCUCACCCCUUCCUCCGGAGCCUUAUGAUCGUGGGGCAACUAUUGACAUCCCCCUUGGUAGCUCAAAGGACGUCAAAGCAAAGGAGAAGGAACUUCAAGCUAGAGAGGCUGACUUGAGAAGAAGGGAACAGGAACUAAAACGAAGGGAAGAUGCCGUAGCACGAGCUGGAAUAGUUAUAGAGGAAAAAAAUUGGCCACCUUUUUUUCCCAUCAUUCAUCAUGACAUUGGAAAGGAAAUACCAAUACAUCUUCAAAGGAUCCAAUACAUUGCAUUUUCAACAUGGUUGGGUUUGGUUUUGUGUCUUGUAUGGAAUAUUGUGGCAGUUACCACUGCUUGGAUCAAAGGAGAAGGUCCAACAAUCUGGUUUCUUGCAAUUAUCUAUUUUAUAUCUGGUGCUCCAGGAUCCUAUGUGUUGUGGUAUCGCCCUCUUUAUCGGGCUAUGAGGACUGACAGUGCUCUGAAAUUUGGCUGGUUUUUCUUGGUUUAUAUUCACAUUGCCUUCUGCAUUUUCGCUGCAGUUGCUCCACCAAUUAUCUUCAAAGGAAAAUCUCUGACUGGUAUUUUGGCUGCGAUUGACGUGUUGGGUGACAAUGCAUUGGUUGGGAUAUUCUACUUUAUUGGGUUUGGACUUUUCUGCCUUGAGUCAGUGUUGAGCAUUUGGGUUAUACAGCAAGUAUAUAUGUACUUCCGCGGCAGUGGCAAGGCUGAAGUUUUGAAGCGUGAUGCUGCGAGAGGGACAAUGAUGGCAGCCCUAUAA